GGAGAGUUCUCACAUCCUUUCAGCUUAAGGAACAACACCACAAAUCCUCAAGCAAUGCCAGACUGGUACGGUCGUCUACUUGAAUUGACUCGUCUCUGUUGCUUAUUUGGUCUUGUGAUUUUCAACGGAUACAAUUACUAUGUUCUUCCUGCGGAGUACAGUGAUCGCGACUCUGUGUUGCUUUGGAACUUCCGUGCUGGCCUCUUCCUGGCCUUCAUCUAUCCAGGGGCAACCGCUGCCAGACAAAUGGUUUCAAAUGAACCUCGAUCAACUGGAGACCAACCUAAGCGAAACUGAGUCCAAUUCCAGCCUAGUGGAACGCACUCCGGUUAAUUCAUGUUUAGCUGUGCUUGGAGGAGUUUCGUCUUGCAUUACAAUUGGAGGUUUUAUUAUUCAAAUGUGCCAGAACCUUGCUGGUGGCAUUAAAGCUCUGUCGGACCAGCACAGUUGCAACACCAUGAGCGGCACUAUCGAGGGCGUGAGAUAUACUUAUCACUCCACUGGCCAACACUGUGAUACAACAGCUCAGCGAGACACCAUUGCAGGCGCUAUCAAAAAAUUCCUUUCGAAUGUGGAGCAUAACCAGAUCUGUGGAACCCUUUGCCUACGUCUCGACCAUGGCGGCACCUGGAACGGAUGGCUGAAGCUGGGUCCGGUAGGCUCAUUCAAUGAAAAUGCAUACUGCGGCGCGGGACUGCCCUUCAACAGCUGUGUCUCUGGUGGCAACAAUGACAUCUAGCUUGUCCACGGAUGGGGUUUCCUCAGGACUGAUAUCACAAUCGAGGCGCAUUGGAUCUGUUGCGCGCUAGAUCUUUUGCCUUCUUCUCUCUGGAGACCUGUCUGUGGACAACUUGCAACAUGCACAAAUGCCCGCUAAUUUCUCUUAUGCGCGCGACUUUCAUUCUUUUAUAUAUCACCUUAUACGCUGCUGCUCCUCGGCAUUGUGGGACUGAUCCUUUGACUGCCACUCGCCGCAUUGCUCCUCAUUGCCCUUCUGAGUAUUGGGAAGGAGGGGACGGGGAUUUCUAUUGCCAUAUGUACUUUAUCCGUGGUAGCAUUCAUCAUCUAUUCUUUGAUAGAUCACCGCACCAUGACCAAGACAACAAUGUAC